UUAGCCUCCGCCGCCGCCGCACGCGAAUUCGACGAGCUCGCCGGAUCCGAUGGCCGUGACCUUCUCCGAGCUCCACACCGCCGAGGGGCUCAAGGGCCUCGAGGCGCACCUCGCCGGCAAGACCUACAUCUCCGGCGAUGGGAUCAGCAAGGACGACAUCAAGGUGUUCGCGGCGGUGUCCACCAAGCCUGGUGCCGAGUUCCCUAAUGCUGCCCGCUGGUAUGACACCAUCGCCGCGGCUACCGCUGCAAGGUUCCCUGGCAAGGCUGGUGGUGUGAGUGCUUCAUCCGCUUCUGCUGCGUCUGCUCCUGCUGCUGCCGAGGCUAUGGAUGUUGAUGAUGAUGACUUGGACCUGUUUGGUGAUGAGACCGAGGAGGACAAGGCUGCAGCAGCGGCGCGUGUGGCUGCCAAGCCUGCCAAGAAGAAAGAAAGUGGAAAGUCCUCUGUUCUCAUGGACAUCAAGCCGUGGGAUGAUGAGACUGAUAUGAAGAAGCUGGAGGAGUCUGUCCGCAGUGUUCAGAUGGAGGGUCUCACUUGGGGUGCAUCAAAGCUUGUUGCUGUCGGUUAUGGCAUCAAGAAGCUGCAGAUUAUGAUGACGAUCAUCGAUGAUCUCGUGUCAGUUGAUACUCUGGUCGAGGAAGUACUCCAGGAGCCGCCCCACAAUGAGUAUAUCCAGUCCUGUGACAUUGUUGCCUUCAACAAGAUAUAGAAUCUUGGUCUGUGCCCUUGUUGCUGCUGGAUUCUUGGUACUGGGAUUGGUCGUUCUUGAAGCAUUUCCAUCCCAUUUAGUUACCCCUCUUACAGAAAUGCUACUAGUUCUGUUUUUGAGUGAUGCCCUGGUCUCGAGUAUCUGUUACCUUUUAAAUAGUUGAAUGAAUUGCUGAGUGGUUUGUAAUGGCGAAUACAUCUGUCAUCUGGAGUAAAAUCAGUCUCUUGUUUA